GAUAGAUCAAGGCAAUUCCAGAACGAAACGUUCAAUCAAAGUGUUGUUGAGUCACAAUCAAAACUUAGAGAUGACAAGCAAUAUAGACGGAAAACGUCUGAGUAAAGUCAAUGGUUCAUCAUCCGAGCGCUUUCCGCAGCAACCUAACUGAAAUGGAUUAUUAAGCUGGACAGCAAUUACAAUAUUACUAGACUUACGGCGAGGCUUACCCCCUAGAACUACAUGUACGUCUAGGGAAAGAGUUAAACAAGUUAUUUGAAAAACUCUUCAUCGUGAACUUCAGUGAACAGUCUCACAAGUUAAGCCAGUAUGCUUCUCUUCUAAAUAAGAAAUGAAAUCCUUUUCAGAACUUAUCGCACCCUCACCCAGAUGAUUACAUGCGCACAUGACCAACUUUAUUAUUGUUGUUAUUACUAUCUUAUUUGUUAUUAUUUUUUUCACAGAUCUUUUCACGUUAGGCAGUAUGCAGUUUUCAAACCGUGAGAGUAGGUGAUAUGAUUGUAGUUGGCUUGAAGAUACCGUUGCUGGCAAUAUCAGCUCUCACAACUCAAAACAACAAGAGGAAUGGGGCUUUUCAAAAUGAAGAGGGGAAUGGUCUUUGUAAUGCUGACUCUCUUUGGCUCGUGCGUUUACGUGGGAACAUUCUUCUACCUCAGUCUCAUCGAGGACUCCGAAGAGAUGGCACGGUACGAAGGCAGAGUGAAACAGAUUUUUCUUACUUCUGUACAAGCGUCAACAUUGGAAGAUGGCCAGCACAAGAGGGCUGGUAUCGCAUUUGCUGCAGAUAUGGAAGGCGUAAGAGGACUGAUUGCAAAAGAAAAAGACCACGAUACAGUCGCUAAAAUGAUAUCACGUCAUCGUGGUAUGCUCGACGGAGGUGUUCCACCUCAACAAGUUCAUAACAAGAAAAGUAUGCUCGAAGCCGUAGUGAGAAAAUCAGGGGCGAGCGAUGUUAGCACUGAGCUGGGCACCAAAACGAUUUUAGAGGCCAUCAAACCAGCACGUAUUAUACGGUACAACUUGAAAGAAGUAGAAAAAUUGGUUGACAAUACAAGCAACGAUGAGUAUUUUCCAGUAGAUAGAAUUUGUCCUUAUUCAGGAUUAAGAAAAGCGCCUUACAUUAGACUUAAAAACAGCCUUCCAAAAAACAAAUACUGCGAUCGUCGCCAGCCCUCUGUGGAAGAAUGUCAAAAAGCGACGAGAGAUUAUGAGGUGGAAAGUCCAGCUUUGAGAUGUGAGGAGCCAACGGAAAAAGAUCUGUGUACAAUAACUGACAAAUACCGCUCAAAUAUAAAUGCCCAAGUAAAGGUUCGCUGUGACAUUGGUAGAUGUGGAAAUCCCGUUUAUGUGGUAAAUUUAGACCCCGAAACUGGACAACUUGAAGAGCAAGGGGAGUGGCAAAAAUUUACUUCCAAAACAGAAAUCGAAGGCAAACUUCCUUCAGUAAUCAUUCGGAAUUCUCAAAACGGGUUCAAUUUCUGUCUUGUCCAGUGUGUCCGGAAUAAUACCUCUCAGCUUAUCAGAACUGUGUUAAGUUUCCCCCCAGUUCUUGGAGUUACCAAUUCUCAUAGUCCAAAGCCAGUAAACGUAGACAUAAAUGUUGUGGUUCUGAACUCCGUUUCUCGUGCUCAUUUUUAUCGGUCACUGCCUGAGACUGUUGCCACCAUUCGAAACGUUGUUUACGACAAUUCAAUUAAGGCAUCUGCCUUAGAUUUUGAAUUUCUCCAGAGUUUCGGGCCGGCGAUGGCGCUAGAUCUACGAAUCCAAAAUUCAGGGAUUUCAACUUUGUUCGCCGAAUUAAAAAAGCUGGGAUACCAUAAUAUUCUUCAAACGGAUCAAUGCUGGUACGAUAAGGACGCAAUUACUACUGAACUCCAAUCAAAGAUGAAAACAGAAGGAGCGAGAGAAAAAUUUAGAAAACAAUGGAAGUAUGUUCAAAAUAUGACAAUGAAACAUAUUGGUGACACUGGCAUGACAUACUUGGCCUGCGAAGCGAAAACAAAGUACAGUGUUCCUAACCAACUGGAUGGCAAUCGUUCGAAAGCUUCUUGUUUCAAUGGCCGUUAUUUUUUCAAUUUUAUAUUCGAUCAGCUUGAAAAAACUCGGCAAGCCAAACGAUUUUCCAAGGCUAAGACACCGUAUUUCUUCUACACUUAUCUUACAUUGUCCAGAGACAAGUUAGGAGCUGGAAUUAAACAGAUCGACAAACAGCUAUCGACAUUUUUAAUCAACAUGGCACACGAAGAAAACUCAGUGACUAUUGUAACGUCAGACCAUGGUCCAACCACAACAAAGUUUUCUCUGGAUUCUGUUGAAGGAAGAUACGAAAUUUACGACCCAGUUCUCUUUAUGAUUAUUCCUAAAGGCGUAGCCCUAAAAUUGGGAAAACUUCAGAUGGAAGCUUUGGUGAAAAACCAGCAUCGACUUAUAUCUCCAAAUGAUCUUCACAAUACUCUUGUUUCGAUGGCAAAUCUGGAGCAAAGGCAUUUGGCGAGCCAAGCCGAUCGAGGUUUGUUAGCAGAAAUACCUGAAAAUCGAACAUGCACAGACAUUGGUGUCGACGUUGGUGCCCUUUGUAAGUGCCGCGGAUGGGAAACAUGGUUUCCCGAUAAUGACCCAAGAUUCGAUUGGGUCGCUGAGUUUGCAUUGGGGGAACUUAACAACAAACUUCAAGAUUCUACGAAAACGUUGAGAUCAUCGAAUAAAAGAAAUGAUAGAUGCCAAAGGCUCGUAGGCUACGCUUUUGAAAAGAUUUAUCACAGCAAGAAAUCUGCUCCAUUUGUUCUUUCCCUGGACUUAAUUGUGCAUCCGGGAAGACAAGUGUUUGAAACUCACGUUCAACUUCCCAAGCAUUUUCUGUCAGAGGCUCGUGAAACACUUUCUACGUCUCAAGCCAAGGAGGAUUCGAUAAAGACAAUUCGCUUUCGAAGAGCCGACCACUCUCAAGGCUUUAUUACCCUUACAGAGAGCAGUGUCCUUUUUGAAUGCUUGAGCGACGUUCACGAAUUACAGAAUAAUACACGAAAGAGAAGGGAUUUUCUAGCUGCAGAUGGGAAAUACAACGAAAACAUUUUAAAAAUGGCACACCACUCCAAGCAUUUUGGUUCUCGACCAAUAAUUCAAGUUCUUGACAGGCGUGACAAAUGCCUACUGCUAAUAACAAGGAUGCAUUCCAAUCAAACCUUAGCCUUUGAAGCUUCAAACAUUUGUAUAGACAAGACCUUCGUAAUGAAAGUGGACAUGAUCAAACGCGGCGAGGAACUCGCUUUCAUAACAGUACGCCUUCCCAUGAUUGUUCAUCUUGCACCAGGAACGUACCGGUUCUUACUAAGCGCGUAUCAGCCACGCGGUGUUAUAAACUGGAAACCAAAAAUAGCGUUCAAAAUGGUCAAGACUUGAUCAAGUUAACUCUUUGACAAUUUUGUUGGUGGUCAGGUUUCAGUGGAAGUUCCCACGUCAUUUGAAUCCCAAUCGGAUUGGGUUGAUUUGCAUUCCAACAGGGCAUUUUCCUAACGACGUUCGCGAUUGGAACGAUCGAUAAUUCUGUUUGGCUCGCUCUCUCACUUAAUGAUAAGUUGUUCUCAAUUUUUAACAAAUUAAACAAAGUAGCCUUAACAAUAUACUGAGCGGUCUUCACUUGAAUGUUGAAGGUAAUCCGUAUUAGCUUAGCUAGGUUUCACACUGCUAAGCUUGACCGGAUUUCCUUACAAAACUCGCGGGCACCACUAUCUCAUCCAAUCAGAAGUAAAACCAAAACCAAUAGUGACUCGUUUGCACACGUUUUCCCGCGCUUUGGGCCAGUUAGAUGUAUUGUAUGUCCUUUUUUCUUUCUUUUUUCUUUUUUUUUUUUUUUUCGGUCAGAGUGAUAACUUUGGUUUUGGUUUUACGACGGUCAAUUAUAGAAAUGGCAUCUUAAAAUAGACAAGAGUUAGGGCGAGCUAAGAGAUAUCAUCGCCGAAAACGAUAUAAUUUCACUAGUACAACUGUUGGUAACUUAAAAACAGCACCCUCGGCAAUCGGUGCUUCGUUCAAUUUGCUUCACUUCCCUGGUCCGAAAGGCGAUGACUUUCAUUCGGUUGGUUCUGUGGAUAAAUUUCAACAGUUUCGUAACGAAACAAGGUGUUUGUCACGUACAAUGAUUUGCAUCAACAAGAACGAUUUUGCGCUGUACACGGAAAAUUUAGCUUAUUAAACAGUAAAUUUAGCUGGUUAUAUAAUCACGUAAGACUCAUCCGCUCCCUGUGGCCCCUCAAUCUCUCUUGGCUCGUCUUGAUCUUAAGGAAUCUUGACGUUGAGUAACAUGAAGAAGGCAGAGAUCCUACUAAAUGUCACCGAAAACAUAACGAACGUGAUGGUCGACUCACUGCCACAAUGAAUAGUCCAUUUCCGAGUUGCCCUAAGCAUCUCUAUCA